UUGAACGAUAAGGUUUCAGAGUACAAAGUUAAAGUCAAGGAUGGAGCUAAAGAUCUAGACGAAACUAUUAAAAUCGACACCAAAAAGGGAACAGAAACUUUCCACAUCCCCAGUAAUGGCGACACCAGUCCCGAUGCCCCAGGAGAGGUCGAUGUUGUUUAUGAUUUCAAACAGGUGAGGAAAUUGAAAUUUGGCAUGGCUUAUGUUAAAAACAGCCUUAUUUUCGUUUCUUUUACAUUUUCUUUCCCAUUUCCUUCCUUCCUUCCUUCCUUUUUCUUUCCUUCGAUUUUUCCUUCCCUUUCUUCUUUACAGAAUGACGGCAACUUUAACUGCUCUCUCUCUCUCUAUCUUUCUCUCUAUCUCUCUGAUUUUGCCCAUUAGUCUUGUGUAAGCCAUACACCCCUUACACUAAGUUAUCUUUUUAAAAACUAUUUUUCAAGUACAUAUGUACGCAACUUUUGUCAUUUUUGUCUUUUUGCAUAGAACAUGGCCAUGCACCGAAUGUCCAAUCAGAAAGCUUGUUUUCUAAGUGACUCCACUGACAAUCUACCAAAGCCUGCUGACCUCAAGAGAUUACUUGAAACGGUAAUUACAUUUUCAAGAAAAGAUUGUUUACUACAUCUAGGCUUCAAGUUAAGCCGAGUAUUUGAAUGAUCAAUACUACCAGUUUUUAAAUUUAUUUUCUAAAGUCAGUGACAUAUAGUUAAACUGCACUAUAUACUAUAUUUUUUAGCUAUCAUCUACAUCUAGUAAUAUUGGGAAGAGCUAUUACAUUUUGAUGGCAUUGAUUCUGGCCGCAAUAUUAAGCCUGACCAUGCAUGUUCAACUGGUGUGGAAACUGAUUAGUUUUCAAUUGUGUGAGGGCUAAAUUGUGUAGUAUUUCACCUUUCUUUAGCAUUUGAUUCUGUUUUGUAAAAUUUUUCACAAAUAAUAAUUUUAAAUGGUGAGCGAGAACCAACUUCUAUGUAAUUGGCGACUAUUCAUAGUAAGAUUUAGACCCGCACUUUUACGGCAAAUUGGAAAAGUCAGAUUUAAGUUCACAUUUCUAAUUUGGAAAUAGACAGAUCAAAACUACUUAAUUCAGUAAUUCUUAAGGAUAAACUUGACAUGAAAGUAAUUAUUUUUGCGCAGAUAUGAUUAACAGAAAUCGAAAACGUCAAGUUAAGGGAAAACUUCAGUUGGUCACGACGGUACAAAUGUGCUGUUAAAUUAAUUUCUCUUUGGUCUCUAUUUUAUUUACACACGUAAAAUAUACGAGGGAAACCACAUAGAAAUUACACGGCAAUGGAAAUCACCCCGUAGGAACAGACAAAGAUGGAGACUUGCCAAUGAAGAAAAGGGUUCCUUAUGCAGAAUGAACUCAUAGUCCCAUAUAAUGAAUUUAUUUAUUUGCGGUCACAGUAUUUUCCCAACUUAAUCAGUCGUAAGCAUAUUUGCUAUUUUCCCUUCAGCAAUGGAAUCAGGGUAGCAGCCGGGCAGAGACACAAGGGGAGACUGAAUAUUCUGUUGUUGGUACUGUCAAUGACCGCUCGUUCCUGAGUGAUGAAAUGGCCGCCAUGUGUGCUAAGUUGCCCAUUUAUCGUAUCAAGCAGAAUAGCCUCCCGGCCCAGCGUAAGUAA